UACUCUAGGCCGUCAACCGAUACAGUUAUCACGCGCGCACGGCAGCUCUCCAACGCUCACGCUCAUCAACUCAUCCACGGUAAGACCCGUUACACACGCAACGGCUACGACACCGCGUUCAGCGUGACACGAGUACACGACGGCCAUAGUCCAUCGGUUUCGUUCCUUGAUUACGAUCACGUCUCACCGCGACCGUCACGGUUAAGUUAUCCGACUUUGUAUACGCAAACCUCGUGGAAUCGGCAGAACGACCUAUCCCUCUGUUACUAUCUGUCUUUCGCCAUUUAUAUUUCAAUUUAAUAAACUUAAGCUGCUAACGCAAGCGUUGUUUUCGUUCAUUCACAUACUAAUACGUUUGAGGCACACGAUCAGUCUCGUUAACCUCUACAAUAUUAUAAACAUUAAACAGAUAAAAACGCGACGACGACGACGACCGUUGUACCGACAACUCGGUCGGACGGGAUUACGACGACGACGAUAGGUUUAAAUCCUCGACCGGAAUAAUCACUACGAUAACAGCACUACCUAACCUAUAUAAAUAUUAUUACGCAGAUCUCAUCGCCAUAGAAUGGUAUCGGAGUAUUAUAUACCACACCUCACCGCGAUCACCUCUCAAGAACGCACGUAGUCUUUCGCGUUCUUUUUCGUUCGGUCGACGUCAAGACGACGUGCCAUCGCCACCGCUGCCGAUUCGAUAGAUGAAAAACGUCAUCGGCCAUUGUAUUUCAUCACAGCAGCCGACGACCAGACACGGUUAUAUAGGAUAGGAAGCAAACGAAGGUAGAGACGGUAGAGUGGCGAGUUUCCAGUUACUGGGUAUUAUUUACUAGUCACUACUUAUAAUUCUACAACUUACAAUGGUCAGUACCUAGUAGUAAGUUGACCAUUGUCCCUCACUGUAUAUUCGCCCCGCUGCCCCUGAAUCCGCCACCGACGGCACACCUGAGAAUCGCUGCUCCUGAGUAAUCCUGCGCCGACAACGCUGACACAGACGCAGCAUACCACGUACCGCCAAGACACCCGAAUAGUAAUUAAGAUACCCUAAGGAGGACAUAAUUAUGGAACCAUUUAGAAAGUCUAUUAAUGAUUCUGAAAUAAAUUCCAAAUGUGAUGAUCAAGAAUUCGAUAGAGUUAUUAAACAAGAAUUAAUUGAAGAUACAGACAAUAAUGAUGAUAACCAAUCAUCACAAUUUGGAGUUAAAAGCGAAUUUGAAGGAGAUAUAAUCAAAAAUCAUACCAAAAUAAAAAUCGAAAAGGAUUUGAACGAUGGUUAUGUAUUGGAAGGAACAGUUGAAACCGAAUUCAACUCUUCAGAACUAAUUAUUCAAUUGAAUUCGGACACGACAUCGAAAUCAAUUAACUCAAAUGCACUCUUCACAAGACGUCCAAAUAUUCAUACCAGCGGAAGAAAAAACUUGUUUUUUUGUGACAAAUGUAAAAAGUCGUACUUUACUAAAUCAUUUUUGAUUAAACAUAUAUUGCGAUGUACGGGAAAGCUCUAUAAAACUGAUGUACAUGAUGAAGGUGUUUAUCAAGCAAAAGAUUUAAUGAAGCAUAAAAGCACAAGGUAUACUGGAUUAAAGCCUUAUGUAUGUAAUAUAUGCGAUAAAAAUUUUCAUAAACCAUCACUUUUAACAGUGCAUUCAAGAAAACAUAGUGGAGUUAAGCCAUUUGAAUGUGAUUCCUGCGAUAAAGCGUUUUUUCAUGCUGGAAAUUUAAAAAGACAUAAAAAGACACAUACUGGAUAUAAACCAUUUGAAUGUGAUUCCUGCUAUAAAAGGUUUUUUCAACCAGGAGAUUUAAAAAGGCACAAAAUGACACACAGUGGAGAUAAACCAUUUAAAUGUGAUUCCUGCAAUAAAUUGUUUUCUCGAGCUGAAAAUUUAAAAAUUCAUAAAUAUACACAUACUGGAGUUAAGCCAUUUGAAUGUGAUAUCUGUCAGAAAAGAUUUACUGGAAAAGGAUAUUUAAAAAUACAUAAAAGGACACAUACUGGAUACAAACCAUAUGAAUGUGAUUCCUGCGAUAAAAGGUUUUAUCAACUAGAAGAUUUAAAAAGGCAUAAAAGGACACAUAGUGGAGAUAAACCAUAUGCAUGUGAUUGCUGCGAUAAAUUGUUUUCUCAAGCUGGAAAUUUAAAAGCGCAUAAAAAUACACAUACUGGAGUUAAGCCAUAAGCAUGUGAUAUUUUUGAUAAAAUUUUUUCCCGAAAAAGAAAUUUAAAAGGAAAUAAAAGGACACAAAAAAAUUAAUUUUUUUCUUGGUGUAAUUCUAAAAUAAAUAAUAUUAAAAAUGUGAAAUAUUAUAUCAGCAUUUUUUAUACACUCUGAACCGUAUUUAAGGGGGGCAACGGAAACAUUUGCCCCAGGUAACCAAUUUUUGGUACAUUUAUGGUGCGGCCAGACACCAAUGUGUAUUGUAUAAAAGAAAUUUUUUUUUGGUAAGUAUUUGUUUGAGUACCUCGGUAUGUACUAUACUUGGUCUUUUUGCAUUGCAUGACUAUGGUACGGACAUAUGGCGUAAUUUACUAUUUUUGUCAUUCAUUGCAAAAUAUUCGUUUUUGUAAUUUUUUUUUUAGUUUUCAAUAAUAAUAUUGUAUGUUGUACAUUUUGACAAUAUUUAAAAUAAUAUUUCAUCACUAUCCGUGUUUUUAACAAAUAUAUUUCAUGGAUUAAGAAUUAUAACUAAACAAUUAAAAAACCUACAAUUUUUUAUUUUAUU